AUGCAGUUCACUACCUCAACCCUCCUUGCUUUCAGCGCCCUACUUGUCACCAUUAAUGCCGCAACUGUCGUCGGUCCAGCACCAGCAGGACAAACUCACACUACCGUGAUCAAGCACCUCGCCUACAGGUGUCCAGCAAAAGCGAAUGCUAAUCAAUGUGCUUCUGCCACGGCAAAACUACGACUCAAGGAAGACAAUGGCUGUGACGUACUUGCUUGUACCGUCGCUGCAGCAUCUACACUUACUGCCUGUACUGCUGCUGUAUCCGAGGGCGGAUUAAACCCUAUCGCUGAUCUUGCCUGUAUCUUAGCAGGUGGUAUUAGUGAUGUCGCGUGCAAAGGGUGUGCUUAG